ACAAACUAAACCAAAACCCUACUGUUCUGCUCUCUCACUCCCCGUUACUUCUUUGGCUAUCGGCUCCGCUGCUGGCCGCCGGUUCUCUCCUCUUCAGCUCCGUCUUGCGCUAGCUGUUAUCGACAGGUACUCUCUUUCACACCAAGUCUACAUAGAUACAUGGUGGAUAAUUCGCUAAAACAAUUGAUUCCACCGUUGGUAGGCGGGAAAUCUGUCUGAAAGAUGAAGAAGAUGAUAGCUCUUGGUUUCGAGGGAUCGGCGAACAAGAUUGGGGUCGGGGUCGUGACCUUAGACGGCAACAUACUAUCAAAUCCACGACACACAUACAUUACGCCGCCGGGACAAGGAUUCCUUCCCCGAGAAACCGCACAGCACCACUUCCAGCAUGUGCUUCCACUAGUUAAAGAAGCUUUAAAGACAGCGCAGAUAACCCCAGACGAAAUUGACUGCCUUUGUUACACCAAGGGUCCCGGCAUGGGAGCCCCACUUCAAGUUUCUGCAAUUGUUGUGCGGGUUCUUUCCCAGUUGUGGAAAAAGCCGAUUGUUGCAGUUAACCAUUGCGUUGCUCAUAUUGAGAUGGGGAGGAUUGUGACUGGGGCAGAUGACCCUGUUGUGUUGUAUGUCAGCGGUGGGAAUACGCAGGUGAUUGCUUAUAGUGAAGGGCGAUAUCGAAUCUUUGGGGAGACUAUCGAUAUUGCUGUUGGGAAUUGCUUGGAUAGGUUUGCUAGGGUGUUAAAGCUCUCCAAUGAUCCUAGCCCUGGAUAUAACAUUGAGCAGCUUGCGAAGAAGGGAGAACAAUUCAUUGAGCUUCCAUAUGUUGUCAAAGGGAUGGAUGUUUCCUUCAGUGGAAUUCUGAGUUACAUUGAAGCAACUGCUGAAGAGAAGCUCAAAAAUAAUGAGUGCACCCCUGCAGAUUUGUGCUACUCCCUUCAGGAAACGUUGUAUGCAAUGCUUGUGGAAAUUACAGAACGGGCAAUGGCACAUUGUGACAAGAAAGAUGUUCUUAUGGUUGGUGGCGUUGGUUGCAAUGAGCGUUUGCAAGAGAUGAUGAGGACAAUGUGUUCCGAGCGAGGUGGAAGGUUGUUUGCCACUGAUGACCGAUACUGCGUUGACAAUGGAGCAAUGAUAGCAUAUACUGGUCUGCUUGAGUUCGCUCACGGCUCAACAACCCCACUUGAAGAGUCCACGUUCACUCAACGUUUCCGGACUGAUGAGGUGCACGCUAUCUGGAGAGAAAAGGAGUCUCUGAAAGAGAAGUGAGCCAAAAGAAUAGGAUCUAAUUCACCCCAAUACUAUUGAAAAUGUAACAGAAUAUAUGUAUUGAUCAUACUGAGUAUGUUGUUUUAUCUUUCUAUGCUUGUACUGAUAGGCGUACAACAAUUGAACAGUUGUAUCUGAUUACCAAUUAUCACUCUCAUGUUGGUUUUAUCAUAUAUCCAAUCAAGGAAAGAUGUCUUU